CCGUCUGCCUUUCUGUCGGUCGCUUUCCAUUGGUUUCUAUGGGGUCUAUUUUUAGCGUCAGCAGACCGGUCACGUGGUAGGAGGGGGACGUCAAUAAUGUUGUUGUUGGUGGUGGUGGUAGCGGCGGAGAGGAGAAGGCACGGGGGAACGGUAGCGAGACGGACUGUAAAUAUGGAGGUGGCGAAACCUUAGGAGGUGAGUCGCGGCCCGGUUGUGGAAAUUUGACGUUCCGACCGCGGUUGCUUUUCGUGGAGACGUUGCGAGCCGCGAUGGGAGCCGGAGCCGCAGCCGGAGCCGCGGGGAAGACACCACGGCACUAGUACACGUUCCAGGAGGACCCGCCGACAUCCACGAGUCGACACCGAGGAGGAGGUCGAAUUCAUCCGUUUAUCUGCCCAUCCGCCGUCUGCCCUGCAACACAUGGCCGACACGGAGGACCCACUUUAACGCACGCGCACGCCGACCUGAAGGAUCAGAAAGCCGAGGCCGGAUUCAGCCUCCAUGAAUUCGUCACACACCUCCGUGGAGGUGAAAAGCAGCCUUCCAUCGGGCAUGCAGAGCCCGGUAGGAACAGCAGGUGAACAGAGAGGGGGAGGUGGCGAAGGUGGUUCGGAAGAAGGCUCCGGUGGCGGAGGAGCCCCCGUCGACCUGCGCACUGAGCCCAGGCUGGGCACUCUGCCCGUGGGAAGCGCAGGAGUGGAUACCGCUUUGCGGGAGCAGCAGCUCCAGCACGAACUCGUGCUACUUAAACAGCAGCAAGAGCUCCAGAAACAACUACUAUUUGCUGAAUUCCAGAAAAAACACGAAGUGCUCACCAGACAACACGAAGUCCAGCUACAAGAGCACCUGAAGCAACAACAGGAACUGCUGGCAGCGAAGCGGCAGCAAGAGCUGGAGCAGAAGCGAAAACUGGAACAACAGAGACACGAGGAGCAGGAGAAACUACGGCUGGAGCAACAGCUGCUUCUACUUCGGAAUAAGGAGAAAGGCAAAGAGAGUGCCAUUGCCAGUACCGAGGUCAAGUUGAAAUUGCAGGAAUUCCUCCUGAAUAAGAAAGAACCCGCGAUGGGUGGACUGAACCAUUCCUUCUCCUCAAAGUGCUGGGGAGGCCAGAACGCUUCCCUGGAGCAGAAUUCUCCACCCCAGAGUAACACUCCGGGAACUCCGCCAUCUUACAAACUUCCCACAUUGCUGGGCAACUACGAGGGCAAGGACGACUUUCCGCUCCGCAAGACAGUGUCGGAGCCGAACCUGAAGGUGCGUUCGCGGUUGAAGCAGAAAGUAGCGGAGAGGCGGAGCUCGCCGCUCCUCAGAAGGAAAGACGGCACGGUCAUUAGCACCUUCAAGAAAAGAGCCAUUGAGAUUUCAGUCUCUCCUCUCUGUAGUAGCGCUCCAGGUUCAGGGCCCAGCAGUCCCAAUAGUUCGAAUUCCGCGAUUGCGAAUGGCAACACCGGCUCUGUCCCCAACAUACAGACUGAGCUUCGAUCCCUUCAUCAAACGCUGGGGGCCGACGGGACAUUGAGUCCGCUGAGUCUCUACACCUCGCCGUCUCUUCCCAAUAUCUCGUUAGGCCUCCCUGCCAACACGCACCUCACGGCCUCGCAGAAGUUGUCAAGCCAACAGGAGGCGGAGCGUCAAGCCAUUCAGUCACUCCGGGCAGGUGGCGCUCUAACCGGGAAGUUUCUCUCCACAUCCUCCCUGCCCGCAGGGGUAGGGCAUGAUGUGGACACUCAACCUCCGAGCUCCCAUUCUGCUCAUUCUUCAUUAUUACAACACGUGCUACUCCUGGAGCAGGCCAGACAGCAAAGCGCAAUGCUGGCCGUUCCCAUGUACAGCCAGUCGCCGCUGGUUACCGCGGAGAGAGGCGUCUCCGGCGGCAUGCGAUCCGUCAACAAGUUGCCUCGCCAUCGGCCUCUCGCUCGUACCCAGAGCGCUCCUUUGCCCCAGUCGCCGCAGGCCCUCCAGCAGCUCGUAGUUCAGCAGCAGCAUCAGCACUUUCUGGAGAAACAUUACAAGAUGCUUUCAAAGGGUUCAGACCUACCCAGACCACCUCCCACUCAUCCAGAGGAGACCGAAGAGGAGCUGACAGAGACCAACGACAUGCAGGAGGACGACAUGCACAGGGCUCAGAGCGAGGCGUCGGACGACACCGCCAUCCCCUGCGAAAGGCGCGGUUUCCAUCCAAAGGAGGAAGAACGAGGAGUUGUACACGUCAAAGGGGAGAGCACAGAAAGUGAACUGGACGAAGAGGAUGAGGAAGAUGACGUCAUCCAGCUGGGGGAUAGCGAGGAAGACGCCAGGGGUAGCUACUCUCAGUCCUUGCAGCAGAUGGGUGUGUUCUCCUCCUCGUUGCCUCACAGACCUCUGGGAAGAGCGCAGUCUUCUCCCGCAGCCACCGUCAACCCCGUCAGACAUCUCUUCACGACAGGACUCGUGUAUGACAGUCUGAUGUUAAAGCACCAAUGCGUGUGCGGCAACGCUCAUAUCCACCCGGAGCACGCUGGGAGAGUGCAGAGCAUCUGGUCCAGGCUGCAGGAGACAGGCUUGCUGGGCCGCUGUGAGAGAAUUCGUGGGCGUAAAGCUUCCCUGGAUGAGAUCCAGACGGUCCAUUCCGAGUUUCACACGCUGCUCUAUGGAACCAGUCCACUGAAUCGACACAAACUGGACCACAAGAAGCUACUGGGUCCAAUCAGUCAGAAGAUGUACGCCGUUCUUCCGUGCGGAGGAAUAGGGGUGGACAGUGACACCGUGUGGAAUGAGAUGCACUCGUCCGCAGCCGUCCGCAUGGCGGUGGGCUCCGUGAUCGAGCUGGCCUUCAGAGUGGCAGCGGGGGAACUCAAGAAUGGCUUUGCAGUAGUGCGUCCACCAGGACAUCACGCCGAGGAAUCCACUGCCAUGGGGUUUUGUUUCUUCAAUUCAGUCGCCAUCACUGGCAAGCUACUCCAGCAGAAACUGGGAGUGGGCAAGAUCCUCAUCGUGGACUGGGACAUUCACCAUGGCAACGGCACACAGCAGGCCUUCUACGGCGACCCCAACGUCCUCUACAUCUCCCUCCAUCGCUAUGAUGACGGCAACUUUUUUCCCGGCAGCGGAGCUCCCGAGGAGGUGGGAUCGGGUGCGGGUGUUGGCUUUAAUGUCAACAUAGCCUGGACGGGAGGAGUCGAGCCCCCCAUGGGCGAUGUUGAGUACCUCACUGCCUUCAGGAGCGUGGUGAUGCCGAUCGCUCAGCAGUUCAGCCCGGACGUGAUCCUGGUGUCCGCAGGCUUUGAUGCGGUGGAGGGUCAUCAGUCUCCCCUCGGAGGUUACAUUGUUUCUGCCAAGUGUUUUGGUCUGCUGACCCAGCUCUUGAUGGGUCUGGCUGGUGGGCGUGUUGUCAUGGCGCUCGAGGGAGGUCAUGACCUGACUGCCAUCUGCGACGCAUCAGAAGCCUGCGUCUCUGCGCUCCUCGGAGACCCGAGUGACUCUGCAUUUGAGUGGCCUCAAGAGAAGCCGUGUCCGAAAGCCCGUGCCUCCCUCGAAAGAGUGCUCGAAAUCCAGAGCAAACACUGGUCUUGCCUCCAGACUUCGUCUCCGACAAGCAGCCCCUCGCUAUUGGACGGCCCCCCGGCAGCUCAGGUUCAGUCAGAGAAGGACGAGGCGGACACCGUUAGCGCCAUGGCCUCUUUGAGCGUCGAUGUCCAGCAGUCGGGCUCUGCCGCCAACAUCGCCGACGCCGGCAGGUCUACGGAGGAGCCGAUGGAAGAGGAGCCCGUUUUGUAAGAGGGCCGCGCAUGCCAUGUGCCGCCGUAACCUCCUCCUGGCGGCGACUCUUCUUCUUCCGGAUUGUGUAUCGGCACACACACGUUCGCACCGAGUGGAAAUGUUGUGGAUGACCUCGAAUGGCAGAGGAAGCGCUCACAAAGUCGGCUCUCCCCGCGGGAGGGGCGGACCACUUGUAUGCGUCUCCACGGCAACCGGAGGAGGGGCAUGUCAGCAUGGACACGCCUCUCGUGUAACGUUGACUCUCCCUCCUCUCCUUUCAACCUGCGCACGCACGGCACCGCCCGCUCCCCUCCUUUUGUCACCUCUGUGAGUGACGGUUGGCCAGUGCGGCGGAGCAGGCAGCUGAACGGCAAGAUGAACGGACGAUGAGGAGGAACGAGGUGCCUUUCUUUGUCCGCUCACUCACUCACGCGGGCGCGCGCACGCAUACGCGAGAGGACGACGUUCGGUCGAAAACCGCGACUGCCGCAGCACCUCAGCAAAUGAAGCAGCCAAUCGGGACCGAAGGAACACGGCGGUGCGCACGGAGCUGCUGUGUCACUGAGUCACUUCAUUUUCUGGUCGUUUUCUCCUCAUCUGAUUGCCUUAAUUUGCCAUUUCUUUGUAUUUGAGAAAGGAAGAGGGAGAGGUUGUGGCAGUUUGAGGAAACGCAUUUCGAAAUGAGGCGGCUGGCCAGCUUUCAAGAAGGCUUUAUUUAUUCGAUGAGCUAUGUCAUGUGUGUCACUUGAAACCACCUCCUCUUUUUUCCCUCUUUAUCUCCUUCGAGAACGGCGACCAUGGGAUUGUGGCAUGUGACCACUCCGUCCCUCUUUUUUUAAAAUUUUUAUUUUAUUUUUUUGUGGUAGUCGUAGUUUUUUUUUUAAAUUGUACUGAUGUCAUUUGGUGUCCUGUCUCGUUGCCCACAGUUGCAUCACACUGUCACUCUGUGUGUGUGUGUGUGUGUGUGUAUGUGUAUAUAUAUAUAUAUA